CUCUGUUAAAAAAGUUUGCACUUCUAGCGUAAUGGGCUUAAAAAAUUAAACCGACUAUCUUUCAGAAUAAAAAGGGAAACCCUAAAACUAGUCUCGUCUCUCUUCGUCGCAUAAACCCUGGAAAUAUGCUUACAUCCAGCCUUGAGAAAGCUGCUCUUGCUGGUCAUUACGCCUCCGUCAAUGGUAUUCUCCGUAUGGCUAAUACUAUUUUCAACAACUUUAGGCAUCAUGAGGCGGGUUUCGCUCCUCUGCUGCAACAACUUUUCCUCAAAACAGAUUCUUUGAUUGAUUCUGCCGUGAGCUCUGGUGGUGGAUCAGCAGCUUUGCUUACGCCUCUCUUGGAGUCCCAAAGGCUUUGCUGCAGAAUAUUUUUCUCGUUGCCUGAGUAUUUCAAGGAUCAUAUGAACGAGUGGAUGGGAGUGUUUAACAAGUGUUUAUCUUGUAAUUACCCAUCUUUGGAAAGCACAGCAGAUGGGUUAGAGCUCGUGGAUGAUCUUCGUUCUGCUGUUUGUGACAACAUUAACCUGUACAUGGACAAGUACGAAGAAGAAUUCCAACGAUUCGUGGAGGGUUUUGCAUUAGCGGUUUGUACACUACUCCGAGAGGUAUCAAAGUCUCCGCUCAGGGAUCAACUAGCUACUACGGCAAUCAAGUUUUUGACCACUGUCAGCACCACAAGUGCGCAUCAUGCUUUGUUUGCAGGCGGGAUCAGGGAUAUCUGCCAGAGUAUUGUGAUUCCCAAUCUUUGUUUGAGGGAGAAAGAUAAACAACUGUUCGAGAUGGACUUUAUGGAGUUUAUCCGUCGAGACAUGGAUGGAAAUACUCGGAGGGGAAUCGCUUGUGAGCUGCUCAAAGGACUCGCCACAUAUUACAAACCACAAGUGACACAAGUAGUUUCUCAUGAGAUACAUAAGCUCUUGAGUUCCUUUGCAACAAAUCCCGCUGCACAGUGGGAAGAUAAGGAUUGUGCAAUUUACUUGGUCCUGUCUCUGGGUGCAGAUUUUUUUGAUGUUGAAAGCUUCUUUGCAAACUUUAUAAUCCCCGAGUUGCAAUGCCCCGAUGUCGACAGUUAUCCAAUGCUAAAGGCAGGGUCCUUGAAGUUCUUAACAAUGUUCUGUAGUCAUCUACCAAUGCAGUUGUUCCCGGAGCUGGUCCGGUUCCUUGGAGCUGAGUCGAACGUGGUGCACUCAUAUGCUGCUAUAUGCAUAGAGAAGCUCUUGCUACUCAAGGACGAAGGUGGAAGGAGCAGGUAUGUGGGCAGUGAUAUAAGUCCAUUUUUGCUCCAGUUGAUGACGUCUCUGUUGGAUCGUACUGAAUCUGAAGAGAAUCAAUAUAGUAUCAAGUGCAUAAUGCGGGUUCUUGGUGUUGCGGAAAUCACACGGGAGGUUGUUGACCUUUGCUUGGGACGCUUGACCACUGUUUUCAGUCAAGUGGUUAGAAAGAAUCCUACCUUUAAUCACUACAUCUUUGAGUCCGUGGCUGUGCUUGUCCGAAGGGCAUGUGAAGGUGAUAUUUCGCUAAUUACUGAAUUUGACGCGAGUCUUUUCCCAAGGCUGAAGAUGAUUUUGGCGGAUGAUGUUCGCGAGUUCAUACCUUAUGCGUUUCAGCUUCUGGCUCAGCUCGUUGAGCUCAACAUACAACCUAUUUCACCGGACUAUAUGGACAUGUUGUUGCUUCUCCUCGCACCUAAUCCUAAUUGGUGGAGGAGCCACCAAGUCCCAGCACUGGUGCGUUUGCUUCAGGCUUUCCUGCAGAAAGCACCUCAUGAGGUUACUCAAAAGAAUCUGUUGGGUCAAGUGUUGGGGGUGUUCGACAAGUUGGUUAAAACUCCUAGCACAGUCGAACAAGGCUGUUAUGUGCUCAACGCUGUUAUUGAGUAUAUGGAGUACGGUGUGAUUGCACCAUACAUGACGUUUGUAUGGAGUUCUCUCUUCACACACCUUGAGCAAAAAAAGUCUGUCAAGCUCCAGAAAUGUCUAGUAAUAUUCAUAUCCCUCUUCUUGGUGAAGCACGGACCAGCUAAUCUAGUCGACACUAUGAAUGCUGUUCAACGCAACAUUUUCAUUGCGAUCGUGGACCGUUUCUGGAUUCCAGACCUUAAGCUGAUCAUGGGAACUAUGGAGGUAAAGUUAACCGCAGUUGCCGCGACAAGACUCAUAUGUGAGACUCCAGCCCUUCUCGAUCCAGCAGCUUCUAAGUUAUGGGGGGGAAUGGUGAAUAGUAUAGUGUCUCUUGUUUCAAGGCCUGAGCAGGAAAGAGCCAUCGAUGAACCUGAGAUGCCAGACAACACAGCUACCUUUGUGAAUCUUUACAAUGUUGGGAGAAGAGAAGUGGAUCCUCUCCAAGACAUUACAGAUCCAAAGCACUUCUUCGUGACUUCUCUGGCCAUGCUUUCUGCUUCUCAUCCUGGUAGAUACCCUUGGGUUAUUCGUUAUAAUCUCGAAAAAGCAAAUCAAGAUGCAUUGAUCAAGCUUUGCACUGCUUACAACUGUGCAAUUGUUUGAAAGAGAGAUUGGUGUGAGGAGAAAAGAGGAGGAAAUACACAACAACGUUGCAUUGCUUCUGCCAAGAAAAGGGGUAGUAAAAUCAUGUUUUCUUUCUGUCUUAAAUCGGGUGUUUCAUAUCAUUCGGGUGUCUUAAAUUUCUUUGUUUGGUUUUGAAGUUUUCUUCAUGGGGGUGGGUUGUUUUUUUUUUUUUUUUAUCUCUUGUAUUGUGUUACAAUUUACAAUGCGUUUAUUUAUGUCUUUGUCGGCUGGUCACUUUUUUUCCUUUUUUUAUUUGGAAAAUUUAUCAUUUAAA